AUGCGUGUCUUUUAUUGGAAUGCUCAAGGCUUGGCUAAAGAUGAUGCAAGGGCCAAGUUGGAAGAGCUAUAUCUGCAUAAUCCAGACAUAAUUUGUAUUGCAGAACUGCAAGUUUUUUGCACUACACAAUUUUUUAGGAAGUUAAAAUUAGUUGAUUUCUGUGAAGAUGUUAUUACAAAUGAAGCUGGCGAAGAAAAGGGUAACAUUUGGGUCUUGUGGAGAAAUUCUUUGGCUAGGCCGGAUGUGCUAUCUUCUUCAAAGCAAGCAAUCACUUUGAAUUUUGCUGGUGACAUCACGACAGUUCAUGCUUCUUAUGAUUCGGUGGAAAGGAAAAGACUUUACCGACAAUUGGGGCUAGGUUUCAUAUUUAUUCCUUGGUUGGAGUUGGGGGAAUUUAAUUGUGUUUUGCGCUUGGAUGAAAACAAGGGUGGUAGGACGAUAAAAGAAGUUUAUAUAAAUGAGUUUAGAAGUUGGAUCUCUGAAAAUGGUUUGGUUGAAGCUGAUGCUAUUGGGAAAAAAUAUACUUGGUCCAAUUUUCCGAGUGGAAUACGAAGAAUUUUUUCUAAACAUGAUAGAGCGAUAUUGAAGGAGGCGUUGAAGAUUUGGAAUAGAACUGUUUUUGGUGAUGUUCAAUUUCAUUUGAAGCAAGCUGAAUUAAAUCUUGAAACUAAGAAUUAUCUUCUUGAUUAUGACCCGACGGAUGAGUUUCAAUUUUUGAAAGUUCCGGAUGCUAAGAAGGUUGUUGAUGAUGUGAGAACGGAGUUGGCAGUUAUGGUUAAGAUGAAGUCGAGAGUAACUUGGUUGGAAGAUGGUGAUCAAAAAACUGGAUUUUACUAUAAUAGCAUUCGGAUGAGGAGGAGCCGAAAUACAAUCUCAGAACUUAAGGUUUCUACUAACACUACUUUGUUUUUGCAGGAAGAGAUAAAUGAUUACAUUUGUUGA